AUGUCCUCCCAUAUUUUUCGAAGUACCUGUUUGAGGUCGUGUGCCUACGUACUCCGUAGCACGCGACCCUCACCGGCAGCCUUCCUUCUGCGGCCCGUCUGUCCCACUAUGUCGCGACAACAGCAAACCAGACAUAGCUCGCAUUCUCCUAUGGGUACUCCGCCAGUCAACCCCAGGAAGAAGGUCACAAUUGCAUCCUUGAGGAGUCUUCACAAGAAGCGUGAGCCAAUCACAGUGAUGACGGCUCAUGAUUUUCCAAGUGCCCAUGUUGCCGACCAUGCCGGCAUGGAGAUAAUUCUUGUUGGCGACAGCUUGGCCAUGGUAGCACUUGGUAUGGAAGACACUAGCGAAGUUUUGGUCGAAGAGAUGUUACUUCAUUGCCGGUCUGUCGCAAGAGCGACCAAAUCUGCCUUUACUGUUGGCGAUUUACCCAUGGGCAGCUAUGAGAUUGCCCCAGAACAAGCUCUUGAGACUGCGAUCCGCUUUAUUAAAGAAGGCAGAGUUCAGUCCGUAAAACUAGAGGGCGGUAAAGAGAUGGCCCCUACCAUUCAGAAGAUCACCACAGCUGGCAUUCCUGUCCUCGCACAUGUGGGUUUGACGCCUCAACGGCAGAAUGCUCUAGGUGGCUUCAGAGUUCAGGGCAAAACUUGCAAUGGCGCUAUGAAAGUGCUCGAGGAUGCGCUAGCCGUGCAAGAGGCUGGUGCUUUCGCUGUCGUCCUGGAAGCCGUCCCUGCCGAGGUCGCGACGCUCGUAACAGAGAAGUUGUCAAUUCCAACCAUCGGUAUUGGUGCUGGCAACGGCUGCUCCGGCCAAGUCUUGGUUCAGGUCGACAUGAUUGGUAACUUCCCUCCCGGUCGGUUCUUGCCCAAGUUUGUCAAGAAAUAUGGCGAUGCCUGGGGCGAGAGCCUGAGGGCCAUCGAGGCCUACCGUGACGAAGUCAAGGGCAGGCAAUACCCUGCCCCUGAGCAUACGUACCCUAUUUCUAAGGAAGAACUUGAGGCGUUUUCCAGUACUCUUCAGAAGUUGUAA